AUGGGUCAGAAACUUGGCGCUCGUAUCCAACCUAAAUUUUUCUGUGGCCUGGCCUGGGCUGACAAGACGUCGGCCGCUUGUGUCUUGUGGGAGAGUAGUCUGGACCUCUUAAGCCCGGUCCUUGUAUCUGAUUUUAUUGAUUUUUACACGCGGGCGAAUGUGCGCCGCUGGCAUGGCAACAAUGAGCAACGGAAACGCCGACUCAGAGGAGCGCCAGGCCGUUUAAAUACUGCUAGUUGUGUUUACCGCCUACGCGGCAGCAGCAGCAGUUUGGUUGUUGAGACCAAAUGGGGCUGA